AUGGUUGAUCGGUUGGACAGGUCGCGGCUUGUGUUCGUUCACAUGCACAAAACAUUUAGCAGCACUCACUCAGUGUUGGAGCGCUUAAAGGCACUCUACAACUUGACUGUUCGCCGAAAAGAGCUACGGGCCGCUCCGCUUCCCUCUGCUGGAGAUCUUCCCGUGCAUCUGGUACAAGUUCGUCACCGACCACGCACGUCGUGUGCAGAUAAAGAAAGUGAACAGGCCGACGACUUUUACGUAGAAGACCUGAAGAAGUCACAGAUGCCAGACAAGUCUAUUCACGUGCUGAAAAUGCAGUGGCAAGACAUGCCCCGGGACGGUUGGCUCGUGGACGCACGCCUACGAAGUUGUUCGUGUAGAUUCAACAUGAAAUUCGGCAUCUGUACUCACGUGAUACAUGCUGCAAGAGAACUGUCGUUGCAUUGCCCCGGAAUGCCUGCACCAGUACCGGUCUUCGUAAGUAAUCGACGUCAAACUGGUACUACCACGCAGAGUUCCCGACGGCCAGGAUCUGGGCGUCAAGUAGACGGCAAUUCUCACCAAGAAAGCAGUGAUGGUCGAGUUUGUCCUGCUGAUACGAAUGGAGAUCCUGCCGCUCACUACCCCGAGCAAGGACCCCAAGCCCGUCCGCCAAGUGCUGACACCAGCCACCACUUAGGUACGUUUCAUGGGCUUCCAGUACUUGGCCCGCAACCUAGAUCGCCGCCUCCCGUAUUCAUCGAGCAUCACAUCGAUACCGAGAGUGGUAUUCGUGAAGACAUCGAGAGCACAACCACGCCUGCCGACAUGGAGUUAUUCCGCCUGACCCCACUUGAAGCGGAGAUCGGGUCGUACGAGGCAAUGCUUUUAAGAGAGCGUGAAAUGCGGAGCGAGUCACUUUCAGAGAUACGCACUGCAUAUCAAGGGGCGAAUGGAUACCAGCGGAGCUAUAGCGAUUCGGUGCUACACACCAUAAAUGUCGCCUCAAACUACGGCGCAGCCCCAAUGACCCGUGCAAGCAGCGCAAGAGCCCCACUUCAAGUGGCAACAAUCAACGCUGAGAUCGCCAGCACAGAAUCGUUUGGGUCGAUAAGUAGUAGUCGGCAGUCAUGCGAGCAGACUAAACGCCGUAGAUGCUAG